CUUAUCUUGUCGGGUUGAGAAAUUUGGAUUUCGAUUUGUGAUGGAUUGUUGAGUUGGAAAUUCAAAUUCUGGAAAAGAUGAAAGCUGUAGGAAAAGUAGGCAGCUUUUUAAGUAGAAGUGUGUAUACUGUGUCUGGACCAUUUCAUCCAUUUGGUGGUGCGGUAGAUAUAAUCGUGGUGGAACAGCAAGAUGGGAGCUUUAAAUCAUCACCUUGGUAUGUUCGUUUUGGCAAAUUUCAAGGGGUCCUAAAGGCAAAAGAGAAGGUGGUUGGCAUUAACGUUAAUGGGGUUGAAGCAGAUUUUCACAUGUAUUUGGAUCAUAAAGGGGAAGCAUACUUUCUCAAAGAGGUUGAUGUUGGAGAAGAAGAUACUUUGCCUUCCCCUUCAUCUUCGGGUGAGGAUACUGAUGGACAAUCUAAUGAUAGAAGGGCUCUAGAAGCAAAAAGUUGUAAUUUUGAUGCUUAUCAGUCAGAGUCAGUUACUGAGAUUGAUUUAGGUAAUCGGAAUGUCAUAUCAAGGACCAAUUCUCGACGAUCUCGUAUUUUGGGAUUUGUUUUUGGGAGGAAGUCGAUUAAAAAGGGCAAUUUGCCAAAGGAUGAAGAUGUUGCUGGUGUUGUUAGGUCGGAGUCAUUGGAACGAGCUGAGAUUGCAGCAGAUCUCUUGGAGGUUAAGUGGUCUACCAAUCUUGCCUCCCCUAGGCGGAGGAAAGAUAGUGCUUCACGGCCAUCUUCUCAAGUUAAAUCAGAGGCUAGUGAUUGUAAGCUAUUGAUGACUCAGGAUAGAGAUAACAAUGUGGAAUCUCUUGCCAAUGGCAAUAAUCUGACUGAUAGCAUCUUGCUGAAUGAAUUUAGUUCUGCCAAUGGUGAAGAAGGCUGUAGACUUAAACGUAUGCCCACAAAAUCAGAGAGGCCAGUUGUGGAAACUGGUUUAGAGAUGUCAUGUAUAACAGCAGAAGAUGUGAUUGGAACAUCUUCUGUUGAAGUUGAUGAGCCCAAUUUGAGAUUGGCAACCAAGACUGAUAACAUAUUGGCAAAUGAUACAGGUGCAAGUGCAAGCUUGAUUGAUGUCAUCUCUGACAUUGCUAGUAAUGAAUCCAAAAUUCAAGACUCAGUUAACCUUGAAGACUGUCCCGGCAAUAACAAGACGCAGGGUAGUUUCAGUAACGCAGGUUUUGCAACAGAUGGGAAUAGAGAUGACCCAUCUUUUCUUUACUGUGAAACUUCAGUGAGCUCAACUUUGGAGUUGGAUGAUUCAAACAAACAGGGUCAUGGUGCUCUGCAUCUUUCCAGCGGAGGAUCUGAACAUAUCUUUGCUGAAACAGUGCAGACAACUGGUUUGGUCUGUGAGGGGAACUCUAAACCUUCAAGUGAUGCAAAUGCAAAUGAAACUUCAAGUUCUCAAGAGCUUUUGGAAAACCAAAGUGAUUGUUUUUUCUCCAUUGAUGAGAAGACAACUUCAUCACGCUCCAUGGAGAAUGGUGUACUCACUGGAACCUACUCACAAAUGAUCACUCUCCAACCUGUAUAUGCUUCUGCUGAGGACAUUGAGUCACCACGCAUUUUUACCAUCUCUACUUCUCAAGCUGUUGUUGAAAAAACUCUUUGUGGAGAAGAUCAAAUCAGCAAGUGUGAGCCCCCUGUCAAGCGUGUAGUUGAUCCUAUCCAACUAAACAUUUUAACAUCAGAAAUUUCAGAAGAAGAGCAAUUGCUUUUUGGUGACUUUGAUGAUUUCACCCCUAGUUCAGUCAGACAUCUAGAGGAGCCUAUUUCUCCAGAUUAUAAUGAGAAAGAAGGUGAUCCACCAUGUUUGCAGGUACAAACUGAAGAAGUAAAUGACUCUUUCAUUCCUGGUACCAUGCUCGGCUCAUCAGAAAACAAGUCUUUUCAGGUGAAACUGUCAGAUGAUAACUUAAGUAGGAAGUUGAGAACUGUAUCCAGCCAUAUUGAUAUUCCUGCAACUAGUAUCCAGUCUAAAGAAGUUUCCAGGAUUGCAAGAUCUUUACCCAACAUGCUGGCACAUAACAAUAAUAUUCUGAGUAAUGCAAACAAAGACGAAGUGAAUGAUAUCCAAUCAUCUAAAAGUGAGCAGAUGGCCAAAGAUACUAAGAGCAUAGAGGAGCUGAAAAAUGAAAUGACCAAUCCAGCUAUUGAUACUACAAAGAGAAAGAUUGGCAUUGAAGAUGGAGAGGAUUUGCCUAAAAGGAAGGUAACCAAGAAGAAGACCAGGUUAAUCACUCCAACAUCUGAACAAUUAGCAUCUUUGAAUUUGAAGGGAGGGAGGAACUCAAUAGUGUUCACAUUCUCAACUCCAAUGCUUGGGAAACAACAGGUUGAUGCCCGGAUUUAUUUGUGGAAAUGGGACACUCGUGUUGUGAUAUCUGAUGUCGAUGGGACAAUCACUAGAUCUGAUCUUCUGGGACAGUUUAUGCCCUUGGUUGGAGUAGAUUGGUCACAAACUGGUGUUGCACAUCUCUUUUCAGCAAUCAAGGAGAAUGGAUAUCAAUUACUUUUUCUUAGUGCACGUGCAAUAUCUCAGGCUUACAAUACCAGGCAGUUUUUAUUGAAUCUCAAGCAGGAUGGAAAAGUCUUGCCUGAGGGACCUGUUGUUAUUUCCCCAGAUGGUCUUUUUCCUUCUCUCUACCGAGAAGUUGUAAGAAGAGCACCGCAUGAAUUUAAAAUUGCUUGCUUGGAGGAAAUCAAAGCAUUGUUUCCUCCCGAUAGAAUCCCUUUCUAUGCUGGUUUUGGAAACAGAGAUACAGAUGAGAUUAGCUACCUUAAAGUUGGUAUCCCCAAAGGAAAAAUCUUCAUAAUUAAUCCUAAGGGUGAGAUUGUCGUAAAUCGGCGUGUCGACACAAAGUCAUAUACUUCUCUACAUGCUCUUGUGCAUGACAUGUUUCCACCCAUGUCUUCAUCUGAACAGGAGGACUAUAACUCAUGGAACUAUUGGAAACUUCCACCUCCAGCUUUUGAUAUUUGAAGGUUAAAGGGAGUAAACCACGAAUUGUCUUUUGAACCAUGAAAAGGAGCAGUUUUUUGGGGUUUUCAGUAAUCUGUUACCAGUGUAUAUAGAUAAAGGAGUGUUUAAGAACCUUAAAGUGCAGCGUAAUGGGUUGCAGUCUUCUCUGAUAAUUUGCUGCUUAAUUUGAAUGGCCUCUUAGCCAAGAAAACUGGUUUACUGGAUGAUUUUGCUCUCCACUCUAUUUUUUCUGUGAUGGAGGGUAACAUGCAUGAUUCCUCAUGAGAAUAGACAUGGAGACAAUUUCCUCCCUGUUUGUAUUUACUCGUCCAUGAUGGGCUGAUAUCUUGCGAAGCUGUAUGGAGCUCACGAAUUCUUCCCAGAGAACCAGAUAAGAUAUAUCAGUUUCUGCUGAUAUUCCACUUACCUCUGUAGGACUGCCAAUUUGUUGUCAACAAAUAGAGUAUAUGCACAGUUUUGAGAAGAUAAAGAGUACAUAUACGUAAUCCUGCUUCAGAACAUGUCAAAAAAUUUUUGUUGUUAUAUAGUUCGUUCAUGUAAUAACUUCAAAACUACGACAUUUUUUUUUCUGAAGUAUUUGCUGUUUAUACGAGGUAGCUUGUAAAUUUUCUGGGCCUGCGUCCCCUGAUAAACAUCCUCCUAGCCAUUUGUGUC